AGGGAGGGAGGGAGGACGGACGGACGCCCCCGCCGUUCCGGAGCGCUCGCCAGCCGAGCCGGGAGCUUGGAAUCGCGGCCGCAUCGUCUCCGGAGGAGGGCCGCCUUGAAACCGACAAGCACGAUCCAUGUUAGUUUCGUCGCUUGGCUUUGAAACUGACGGGGAGAGGUUUCCAUGUUGUGAGCGAGCUCCCGAACCGCGCUUUUCCCUCUCUUCCCCCCUCCCCUCCUCUCCUCUCCUCCCUGUCCGCUCCCUCCCGACCUACACAGAUAUAUGUGCCCGGAGGAGGGUGGGAGGGGGGAUUCUUUUUUUCACCCAAAAUAACAGAUCUAGCUCAUGGACAGCCCGUCCAUAAUCACCCAAGUCAGCAAAGAGGAGGCGAACAGCCCGCUGCGAGAGAAAGGCCCCCUGCCUGUCUCCGGCAAGAAGUCGCACCGACACGGCCUCCUGCGCGCCCUCUUCUGCUGCAUCUCCAAGGCUGAGGACGAUGGCGGACAGACCCUGGGUGGUGGUGACAACAACACUCCUCUGCUGGUUGACGGCAAGAACAACAGCAACAAGUCUGCAGUGAAACACCUUCUCCCUGAGGUGAAAGUUCAGGACACUGGGAAGAAGUGCGUGGUGAUCGACUUGGAUGAAACGUUAGUUCACAGCUCGUUCAAGCCGGUAAACAAUGCGGACUUCAUUAUCCCGGUGGAGAUUGACGGAACCACGCAUCAGGUCUACGUGUUGAAGCGGCCUCAUGUGGAUGAGUUUUUGAGGCGAAUGGGUGAACUCUUCGAGUGUGUCCUGUUCACAGCGAGUUUGUCCAAGUACGCAGACCCCGUGGCUGACCUGCUAGACAAGUGGGGGGCCUUCCGCUGCCGCCUCUUCCGGGAGUCCUGCGUCUUCCACCGGGGCAACUACGUCAAGGACCUCAGCCGGCUGGGGCGCGACAUCAACAAGCUGAUCAUCGUGGACAACUCGCCAGCGUCGUACAUCUUCCACCCGAACAAUGCGGUUCCCAUCGCUUCCUGGUUCGAUGACAUGUCUGACACAGAACUUUUGGAUCUCAUCCCAUUCUUCGAGAGACUAUCGAAGGAGGAGGACAUCUAUGCAUUGCUGCAGGAACACAAAUCGAGCUAGCGCUGAGCCAAGCGGAGACCGAGGGGUGGCGGCUGGACCCGCCUUCGAUUACCUCCUCACCCUCCACACCACCUUCCUCGAGGUGUGCCCACCCCUCGUUCCACACACCAGCCCACUGCCUCUUCUACUUGGGGAAGGAGUGGCAGUUUUCUAAUGACUGCACUCCCCAAUGGGAGUAAACCGGGCACAAUGGACUAUCAGACCCUCGUAAGCACUUAAUUAGGGCAUCAAAUGCCCCACCUCAGCCUUGGAGAAGAUCCAUGUUUCUGCUGAAUUUGGGCGUUAGAGGAGGGGGGCGGUUUCUGAAACUGUUGACGGGACUCUUUCCUUGCUUUGAACUCCACCCCCAAGUUGUCGGUCACUGGAAAGGGCCUUGUUUUGGGGUGAUGAGAUAAUGCAGGAGGACGUACCCACACAUAAAGGCCUCCUCUCCUCCCCCCACCCUCUUCCCCAAGCCAUCCUCACCACCCCACCUCUCCCAUGAGGGAGAACAAGGUGCUGAUGACUCCCACUGUGGCACAACAGGAUGAUCUCUUAAAGAGAGCUCGUAAUGAACAGGCGGAGAUUGUGAAGGAAACAGUUUCUGAUUGAACAUGGUUGAAUUUAUUGGACCCGGUUUUAGGGGUGUGGGGGGAUAGGGGGCCAGAUGAAACCAGAGGGAGAGGAAGUUGUCUUCCCCCCAGCCUCCCAUGCAGAUAUGAUCUCUCCUCUCCCUCUGCACGCACUCAGGCACCGUACCGGGGGGGUGGGGGGGGUAUGGAACCUAUUGUGACUUCUGGUUCCCUCGCACUGCACGUGGCUCACCAUCGUGGACAGCCUGUCACUGUGGCGAGUCUGAGACACCCUGGUGUUGGGUGGUGUGAACGAAGGUCAAAGGGGUGUGUGUGGUCCUGGAGGAUGCCCUUUAUGACGGACUCCGCCCCCGCCAACCUCGGUAAGACUUUGUCUCGAGUGUGGUCCAGGGGCUCCCCUUCCACUCCAGGGUGACUGAUGUCUUCCAAGAGGAAUCCAGCCAUCUUUUGCCCACCCCUCUCCCAUGCCUUGCUGUUCUGCUCAGCCAUUAGACCAUGAAAGGUGGUCCAACCCUGUUCCUUCUGCCACACCCCCAUCAGGACCUAGGUGCUCCUCCUGUCGGAGGCAAGUUGGUCUCCUGCCCUGGGGUGGUGAGGGGCGGGUGGUUUAUAGUGCCAGAUGCACAAGGGUGUGGGGGGGAUAGUUUGUUUGAAACUUUUCAGUGGCUUGUCUAGCCUGAUUCCUCGAUGUUUGAUUGGCCAUUUUUCUCGUCCAGUUGCUGUUUCACCUCCAACUGUUUUCCCCUGUACCCCUCUGUCCUGUUACACUUGCAGUGGGGGUGGGCAGGCUGUGUGUAUUGGGAGUGGAGGGAGGGCAGUGUUUGUCGUGGGGACAAACCCUUUCCACCACCUGGAAGGGAGGUAAGUGAGUGAUGUUGCUAUGGGGAAAGUGUGUGCCUCAUGGUGAGAGGAUGCUAUGCUUCAACCAAUAUUGCGGGCUCUGGUUCUGAGCGAAUUGAUGGAUUACUUUUUAAAGAUUGAAUGUCGAUUGCAGUUUUGGUUGCACCGUGAUGGGGAUCUCCAUUUGCUGUGGGUGGGGGUAAAGGGAAAGGGACCCACCAAUGUUAGUGACCUGUCACAGUAAGACCCCAAAUUCUGGGCCGAAGGUUCUGGACCAGUGCCGCCUUGCGUGGUUGAAUGGGCGCCCUGACCUGUGUGUGGUGAGAGACUGUUAAUGUAACCGAGCAACCUGACGACCAGGAGGUGGGGGUGUGAUGGGGGAGACUGGACCAGAGUUGGGACAGCCGGAGCUGGAACCCCGAGAUUUGAUCAGAGCGGCACUUCCAGAGGGGGAGAGAGAAAAGACUUGAGACUCUCUGCCUCCAUUAUGCACUGCAAGUCUAGUGACCAGGAGAUCCCAUCCCAAUUCUUGAACCCCGCAGAGAGCUGACCCACUCCCCUUGCCCCUUUGACAUUGCCCCAUCUGAAACAAAAAGGGUCCCUUCUCCAACCCCCCCCCCCCCCCCCCCAGUUAACCACUGGAGCCUGGCUUUUCCAGCCAGGAUUUUUGCUGGGAAUAUUUCUACCGGUAUAGAAGUUACCUUGGUGGGUAUCAAACCUUUGCUAUAAUUCUGGAAGCACAACUCUCGAAACUGUUCAAGUGCCUUCUCUAUAUUUAUAGAGCUUAUAUACUGUAUAAGAAAUGUAAUUAAAGAUUUGAAUACAAUGGCAGAUUGGAGUUAGAAUAAUAUUUUUGUUAGUAUUUUUGUACUGCACCAGCGUGUUCACUGUGACCAGCAUACCUGGAGGUGUCUUAUACCUGGGUGUCUGACUUGAUGUGGGCGGGAUUACAUUUGAUCAAAUUACCUUUUUCUCUCUCGUUUUGAAAAUAAAGAGGCUUCUUUAAAGCAAUAAUGA